AUUAAAUGAAAAGUAUGUUUAGAGUUCGCUUCAUGUUAUAUACAUGAAAAUCAUUUGUCAUGACUAGUAUAAAACAGAUUUGAGUACACAAAUAGUUUAGUACGUGAGUACAUAAUUAUUUAAGUACACAAAUAAUGCUGUGGUGGGAUGAUGGGUUUGGUCGGAAAAAAUUUCAAGAUCAGCAAACACACAUAACUCAGAACGGACAAAAUGGAGAACUCUAAACCAGAAAUGGCGAAGGAUGAAAAGAAAGAAAAUGAUGUUGAGAACAGUGUUGCAGCAGUCUCAUGUUACAGAUCGACAGGAGCUGUUCCUAUUCCCAGGAAGGUGAGCAAACCUCCUCCAGUUCGACGAAAACUGUCCGCCCCCACAGGUCCAGACACGCCCGCCAAGGUUCCGCCUCCUCGUAAACUAUCCUGCCCAGCUCCACAAGCUACAUUUAAGGGUCCAGAACGGAACUACUCCUCUCGAUGUAAGCCUAUUGUAGAACUACAGUUAUUGAAAGCCAACCAAGAAGUUCUAAAAGAUCCAGAUUUUGAGACAUUUUCUGAUCUCUGUCUGGGGCUUCUUCCUUCACAAAUAAAACCCAGAUACUUUUUGCUAACUGCCGAGGUCUUGGAGGAUCCCAGGGAUAAGAUGGCUGAUGAUACUGCCUUCUUCCCCGGCUGGAUUAAUGCUGUUUCACUCCUUUCUCCAGCAUCGAUCUUACCCUAA